CAACUCCACAGGAAUGGGAAGAGGUGCAAAUCAUUCACACGUUUUCUGCGGGUGCACCAAAUUAAGAAAAUACUGGGACGUAAUAUUCCAGGGGGUAAUAUUCUUGAUAUGUCCCUAAUAAACAUAGUUGACAUUGUUCAAAAAGAAUAUAUGUAUUCGGCAAAAUUGAUUUUAGUUGCAACAAAAAAAAAAGCAAAUACAAAACGCUGGUUACAACCAGAAUCUCCUCCACAACAGGACUGGAUCAAAAAUGUGGAGGAGAUAUGGAAAAAAAUGACAUAUGACCUUAAACUAAAGAGAUGAGCAGUGGAGUAAGUGGAAGCAACCCCUAUGAAACUAUGUAAACAUUUGCAAUAAUAAAUAAGGAAAUGUAGUAAACUUCAGACCAACAAUGACCAGAAUUACAUACUUUUAUGUGUUUUCUUUUUAGUUGUUUUAGUUGUUUAGUUGUUUUUUCAUUUUUGUUUUGUUUUGAAAAUAUUUUUUGAUUGUGAUCUUAAAAAUGUUCCUUUUUUGCAUCAUUAGUUGAUGUGCUUUGCCCUUCAAGGCCACCGUAGAGAUGCAGGGAACUAUUACAAACAUGCAGGAGGUUUGACAAACAUGGAGCUCAAGCAGAAGGGAAGAGCUGGAAAGGGGGCGUCCCCCCCUGGGCCCCCAUAAAUAAUCAAGUACGCCCCUGUUCAUGACAAAGUGACACAAAACUGUUGUGUUGCUUCAGUUCCCUGUAUAGUGAAUGUGUUUUGCAGGAGCAGCACGUGUGUCUACCUGAAUCACACGUGCAGGUUUGUUUACAGAGCUGCAGCGCGCGCGCGUGUUCCCCUUCAUGUGGUGUCGUCACGCAGUCACGACUGGUGCGUGAAGAUGCGUGAAGAUGCCAUGAUGAUCGCGUGUGUCCUCUCUCCGCUCCUCCUCGCAGCAUCACUCCGUCGGGUUUUCUCCUCCAUCAUGCAGUAGCGGGAGAGCGCUCCUUCCUCCCUCACCCGGUGCGUUCGAGCCCCGCCAUGCAGGCGGCGGGCAUCUCCGCGGUCGCUGCCGACGACGCUGCAGACGGCGGCGGAAGCAGCAGCAGCAGCGCGCACGGCGGGGAGAGGAUAGAGGGGACGCAGCAGCAGCUGCUGCAGCAUCCGCAGGAGCAGACAUCUUCAGGGGUCCUCGAUAAACUGUUUGGGAAACGGCUUCUGCUGGCACGCCACUACAUCAUGUCCCGCAAGUCCUGGUUAAAGAUGGUUCCCACUGAAAACUGUGACAUCCUGAUGACUUUUCCUGAAACCAUAGAUGACCACACUCUGCUGUGGCUUCUGAAUCAAGUCCGUGUUGGAAUCCCACAAGUCAGCAUUCAGGUUCGGCAGCUGGGACACACACAGGCCCAAGCCUUCUUCAUCACAACGACGUUUGAGAACCUGCUGCGAGGAGCUGAGCAGAUGGGAAUGCACAAGACCGUUAAAGCUCAGUUUGGAGGAGGAAUGCAGCGCUUUUCCUGUGAGGAGGACAACAUCUAUGAAAACAUUGAAAGCGAGCUCUGCUUUUUCACCUCACAGGAGCGUCAGAGCAUCAUUAAGUAUUGGCUGGACAACCUUCGUGCCAAACAGGGGGAGGUGCUUCACAACAUCCACUUCCUUGAGGGGCAGCCCAUCAUUCCAGAGCUGGUGGCUCGUGGAGUGAUCCAACAGAUGUUUCCCCUGCACGAGCAGAGGAUACUCAGCCACCUGAUGACAUCCUGGGUGCAGGCUGUGUGUGAGAAGCAGCCCCUUGAUGAUAUUUGUGACUACUUUGGAGUGAAGAUUGGCAUGUAUUUUGCCUGGUUGGGUUUUUACACAAACUCCAUGCUUUACCCUGCUGUCAUUGGCUUUCUGCUCUGGAUAUUAGCAGAGGCCGACCAGACGAGUCAGGAUGUCUGCUGUGUUGUUUUUGCCCUCUUCAAUGUGGUGUGGGCAACGUUGUUCCUGGAGCGCUGGAAGAGGCGGGAGGCAGAGUUGGCUUUCAGGUGGGGCACUCUGGACACUCCUGCAGAGUCCCUGGAGGAGCCCAGACCUCAGUUCAGGGGGGUAAAGCGCUGCAGUCCCAUCACGGGCUGUGAGGAGUUUUACUAUCCUCCCUGGAAGAGAGCUGUGUUCAGAUGGCUGGUCAGCCUGCCAGUCUGCGUCCUCUGUCUGUGCUUCGUCUUCCUUGCUAUGCUUCUCUGUCUAGAACUGCAGGAAGUGGUGAUGGAGAUUCAAGAGUUACCUGGUGUUACGAGAUUCAUCCCUAAGAUACUUCUGGCUGUUACUGUAACCAUAUGUGAUGAAGUGUACAAGAAAAUCGCCUACUGGCUCAAUGAUAUGGAGAACUACAGACUCCAGAGUGCCUACGAGAACAAUCUCAUCAUCAAGAUGGUCUUUUUUGAGUUCAUCAAUUCUUACCUUAGCCUUUUCUACAUCGGAUUCUACCUCAAGGACAUGGAACGGCUAAAGGAGAUGCUGGCUACUUUACUGAUUUUCCGCCAGUUCCUCCAGAACAUCAAAGAAGUUCUCCAGCCGUAUCUCUACGAGCAAAACAAGCUGGGAGUUUUCACUCCGAAGGUGCUGUGGGAACUGCUGCAGGCCAUCACGCUCAAGUACGGCCGCCUGGCUCUGGGGAAGGCCCAAGCAUCGAUGACGUCCUACUCCUUUCUGGGGACCAGACUCUCCGUCAGCCCCAGCGCCAACUGCAACUCCGAGCUGAGGAGGAGAGGAGACCUGAAAGCCGGUUUCAGGCUGACGGAGGAGGAGUGGGACAUGAGCGACAGCGCCAUGAAGCAAAGGAAGGUCAGCUUCACGGAGAAGGUGCACUACCGGGAUGUGACCGCCACAGCACGACCGGCCGAUGACAGCUCUCUGGAGGACAGUCCCACGAUGGGAGAAGAGGGGAUGAUCUUUGACAGCUGUGAUGAGGACAGUGAUUGUGAACUGUUGUCACAUGAGAGCAGAGAUAAUCCCAGCAAGCCCCCUCCCAAAGACCUGGACUCGGUCUGUCAGAGAAGGAGGAACAGUGAGGCGAAAGAUGACAAGAAGUCGUGGAUUGACCCACCAGAAGAACCCAAGAAAGUGGGCCUGACCCAGGCGGAGAUUGAGAGCUGCAUGCAAACAUACGAGGGAACCCUCCAGGACUACCAGGAGAUGUUCAUUCAGUUCGGCUACGUGAUCCUCUUCUCCUCUGCGUUCCCGCUGGCCGCCAUGUGCGCCCUCAUCAACAACAUUGUGGAGAUCCGCAGCGACGCCCUGAAGCUCUGCACCGGCCUGCAGAGGCCCUUCGGCCAGAGGGUGGAGAACAUCGGGCAGUGGCAGACCGCAAUGGAGGCCAUGGGCUUGAUAGCAAUCAUUGUUAACUGCUAUCUGAUUGGUCAGUGCGGUCAGCUUCAGCGCCUUUUCCCCUGGUUGAGCCCUGAAAUGACCAUCAUUUCCAUCGUCUUACUUGAGCACUUUGCAAUCCUGCUAAAGUACGUCAUCCAUGUUGCCAUCCCUGAUAUCCCUGGCUGGGUAGCAGACGAGAUGGCCAAGCUAGAGUACCGACGAAGGGAAGCUUUCAAGAAGCACGAGCUGCAGGCCCAGCAGCACUUCCAGCAGCAGCUCCGACGCCGCCGGGAAGAGGAGGAGCUCCACCGCCAAGCUGAGCUGCAGGCUGAAGCCCGUCAGGACAAAGCAGACGCCCACCAGCACCACCACGACAAGGCGGGCGGCAAAGCGGGAGACAAGCCCAAGAGACCCAGCUCUCUUCUGGGGACCAACAACGUGAUGAAGCUGAAGCAGAUCAUCCCUCUGCAGGGGAAGUUCUCCUGCGGCGCCUCCCGAUCGCCUGCCCAGUCCCCAACCGGAGGCGAAGCGAAGCUCCCCGGAUUUCUGAAGUUCCUGAAAUCUCCGGAGGGGAAAAAGGAGCCGGCAGUGGCUUGUGGAACAGCACCGACGUCCACGGCGACGCCCGCAGUUCCCGCAGGCGGCCAGGAGAGGUCACAGUCCCCCAACAGGACAUUCAGUCCUGGAAAACUGUUCAGUUUUAGCAAGUCUGAGGGCACGGUGGUGUGUGCCAACGGGACACAACAACCAACCCAGGUUACUAACCCACAAUCCAGCAGAGGCGACUUAAACACAACGCCAGACGAACUUCCCUCCAACGAUUCCGACAAAGGAGACCCCAGACAAGAUUUAGAAAACGCAAAAACUUCCUAAAAAAAAAGGAUAAACUGAUUUCCUCUUGAUGCAACUUUCUUCUUGCAAACCGCCAAACUGUAUCUAUCAACACCUAACUUCCAUGUAAAGAAAAGGGCACCAUUUGGUAAACAGACGGUUGUAAUAAUGCAUGACCGCCUGGUUGUAAUCAAACCGCUGAAGUCUCCUUCGGGUUUCCUCUUGUUGAUGUCGGUGUUGACUGCAUGUCGUCUUGAGCAUGCUCACGUCCUCUUGAGUUUCCAGUCUUCUAAAGCUCCUCCUGCAAUAGGUCCGAAAUAUUCACUGUGACCCUGAAAAAGAUUCUAUUUUUCCUAAAUUUGGUUUUCUAUCGGUUAUUUUAAGUGUUUGUCACUGCAGGAUGCUAAUAAAUCUCACUUGAACUAUAGACAUGUAUAUGCACCGGUAUGCACAGGAUGAGUAAACAUGCUAAAUGAGACGCCAUAUUCCUCUCUGUUUGUCGUCUGGAUAUCAAAUAUGAAAUAAAGCCCAAAGUAUUCCUUUUGAAAAUUCUAAAA